AUAUUUUAUAAAAUAGGUUUUAUUAAACCUAAUAAACACGAAUAUAAAUAGUACUAAAAAAUAGUUGUAUUAAUAGUACCCAUAAUAAUAAUAUAAUGAGGACUUCUAGUCUUAAAAUAGUUUUCCUACUAAUGCUGAACGCCUACCAGCGCUGUCUCGCAUCAGACAAAUGGCCAAACCAUGACAUCUCGACACUGAAACUGUUGCAGAUUGUGCACCGGCAUGGGGACAGGGCUCCAAUAAGCUUCCCACCCAACGACCCCUACCAAGACAUCAAGUACUGGCGCGAAGGUAUAGGUCACCUGAACUCUAAAGGCAAGUACAGGAUGUAUAAGUUGGGUGAAUACAUACGCCAAGAGUACGACCAGUAUUUGGGCGAUGAGUACUCGCCCCGCGAGGUAUACACCAGGAGUUCGCUGUCGCACCGGUGUAUUGAGAGUGUGUCGUCUCUGUUGGCCGGCGCCUACCCGCCCCGCAAUCAACACUGGCAAUGGGGUAAUGCCAGCGACGCUCAGUUAGGCACUCUUUGGCAGCCCUUCCCUAUCGAGACAUUUAUGCCUAAAAGAGAUGACAUUGUGUUGAGACAAGAGAAGCCCUGUCCCGCUGUUUACAUGGAAAAGGAGUUAAUCUAUAAGAGACCUGAAGUGCAGGAAUACCUCAAGAAUAAGACCGAUCUGUUUGAUAGGCUGUCGGCGGUUGUGGGCUAUCCCGUGGAUAGUAUCAAAAAAUGCGGUCAAUUACACACUGCCCUACAAAUUGAGAUGAGCGCCGGUCUCUACUGGUCUCACGUGUGGACACGCGAUGAACAACAAGAGAUUGUGGAUCAGCUCCUGGAUGUGCACCGUAUGGCUUACAGACUCGAUUGGGACAGUACUGUAAUCAAGCGUCUGAGAGCCGGCGGUUUAGUCAAGGAAUUGACCAAAAAUUUUAAAUCAGUUAUUAAGGGAACAAACGAUAAGAAACUAUACAUAUAUUCCACACACGACUCAAUGUUGGCGGCUCUCAUGCACGGCCUCAACAUAUUUGAUGGGGAACUGCCGUUAUUCGGGUCGACUCUACUACUGGAGCUGCACCAGAAUCCCGGUGAGGAACAGUAUUACGUUAAGAUCUAUUAUUUAAGGGACACCUAUAGUGGUGUCCCCACCCCUUUACCACUGGGUGACUGCCAAAACAAAAUCGACUGUCCGUUACCGGAGUUUUUUGAGUCGACAAACCCUUUAAUUUAUCAUAAUUUCAAGAAAGAGUGCAAAAACUUUAUAAAUCAUGAGAAGUAUACUUACGAUGAAAAGCUAUAUUUUAUCAGAUGA